AUGUUUCUGCUAUGUGGGCAACCAUCUAUUACGGUUAAGGAAGUGGUGAUAUUGCUAUCCAGGGAUACGAGUAUUGGCCAGAAUACGAUACAAAGGACAAUUGCUGACUACAAGAAUGCAAAACCAUUACAAUCACCGAACAAAAAGAAGAUCAGGCUGACAUUCAAUGAAAAAGUAGACGAUUUCGAACGGAAUGCUAUACGUAAAAAGGUACACGAUUUUUGGUUUAGCCGUCAGGUACCCACACUGGACAAGAUCUUAAUUUCCGUGAAUAGUGACCCAACACUAAACACAUACAAAAGAACCAACCUAUACCAUUUAUUACGUGAGCUAAAUUUUACGUAUUGUAAAAGAGGCCGUAAAAGCGCACUUAUUGAACGGGACGACAUUGUAUUGUGGUGA